AUGUCUAAACUCCACACGACUGCUCUGGCCCUGGGCGCCGAAGGCAAAGGGCUGCUCGCCGCAGACGAGUCCACAGGGAGUAUCAAGAAGCGGCUGGAGAAGAUGAAAAAGGAGAAUGCCGAAGACGAUCGGCGUGAGUGGCGAGAUGUCUUGUUCACAGCCGAAGGCCCGUUUGAGAAGUACAUUUCUGGUAUUUUACCUUCGAAGAAACCCUCAUGA